AGCCGUUCCGAUCAAAAGCCCCAGUGCCCGCAGCCGCCAUGGCCGGGCCACCCAAUACACGCAAGCCCCAGCGCGCCUAGCCCUCCGCCGCGGCAUGUGGCGCCCGCUCGCCCCCGAGGACGGCCGCGGCCCCGGCGGCCCCCCGCCCCCGCCGGGCGGCCGCCGCGGGCGCCUGCGGUGGGCACCCCUGGCCGCGGCGGCGGUUCGCAUGUGGCCCCCUAUCCUCCUCGCCGCGCUGGCCGCGGCGCUGGGCCCCCUCCUCGGGGGGCCCCGCCGCGCGGCGGCCCCGGCCCGAGGCCUCGCGCGCCUGUCCGCGGCGGGGCCGCCGCCGCCGCGCCUCGCCGUGGCGUCGAUCUUCGCGCCCCACAUGGUGCUGCAGAGGGGCGAGGCCACCUUGCUGUGGGGCGUGGCGAGCCCAGGAUCCGGGCCUGUGAUCGUGCGGUAUGGUGCCGCCGAGGUGCGGUCAAGCGUGGACGAUGCCACCGGGCACUGGGAGGCCAAGCUUCCCGCCAUGGAUGCCAGGUCGGAGCCGAGCAACCUGACUAUCGAAUCCACCACCAGCAGCUUGAUGCUGCAGGACGUGGUUGUGGGCGACGUCUACCUGUGCGCAGGAGGAAGCCAGAUGCAGUACGAUCUGCCGACCGUGGCCGACGCUCUUCGGAAGCGGGGGGAGCCCGUGGACUCUCAGAGGCAGUGGGCCAGAGAGCACGCGAGCAGCGUCCGCAUCGUCGAGGUCGCCAGGGCAUACAGGAGGCUGGCCCAGGACAAUGCCACCCUCAUGAUCCCGUGGCAGCGGAUGGACCACCACUUCAGGCUGGAGUUCGGCGCGCUGUGCUACUUCUUCGGGGCCGAGCAGGUGAAAUCCCGCCCAGACGUGCCCGUCGGCCUGGUGGUGUCCGCUUACCCGUCCACUUUUGCCGAGCAGUUCGCUCCACCCGAGGCCUUGGAGGAGUGUGGAGUGGACAUCUCGUACACCGGCAAGUUGAACGAGUGGUGGUCCCCAAAGGAUCCAGGAGUCCUUUGGAACAGCAUGAUACACCCGCUGACGUGGCUGCCUGUGAAGGCAUUCCUGCUUGAGAUGAGGCCGACCUUUGCCAGCAGCACGGGCUGCCUGCUGCCUGCGCUUUUGCGCCACUGGCGAUCGCAGUGGCACAACAGCGGCAAGGACUCAGACAUCAGACGUCAUGUUUUCUUCACAGCGUCGACACCCAGAGGUCUCGACUCACUCCUUCGGACCGUCUCUUCAUCCCUAUACUCGUUGUUUGACGCUUCCAGGGCCCGGCAGGGGUUCCAAGAGGCCCACAGCUGCCAGAAACCCUCCCGUCGUGAUUUCCUCGUGGCCCUCGACGGGGUCUGGGAGCAGCGGCGAGGACAUCCCGAUGGUGGCGUUCCAGCCGGGCUGCGGCCCGGCGACCGUGCACGCCGACCAGCUCCGAUCGGUGACCGCCGCGUUCCUGCAGGAGCCGCGGACGGCCGUGGCCGUCACGGCAGACCUCUGCGACCCAGACAGGAUUACCAUACACUCGCCCUUCAAGGAGCUGGAGGCCCAGCGGAUGGCGGCCAUCGGCGAGAACGUCAUCCACGGGAACAACAGCAUGGCCACGAGCGGACCCCUGCCCCUGUCCGUCUCGGUCGAGCGCGGCCCUGGGCCGUGCAUGCGGGCGCCGGAGUGCUGGCGGCUGCGGGUGGCGUUCGACCAGGAGGUCGGCCUGAAGCCCACGCUGGAGCCGCAGCACAGCGAGAGCCCAGCCACCGCCCUCCGGCGGGCCUUCCGGGUCAUCUCGAGGGAGACCGCCGGUCCCUCGGCGUGGCCCGGGCGCGGCUCGAGGGGGCGGGCCGGGCCCUGGUGCUGGACGUCGGCACCAGCUCGCCGCCGAACGCGACGCGCGCGGGCGAGGGCCGCGGCGAGGCCG